AGAAGAUUCAAGCUGCGAGAGUGUGUUUAUAGCCUCCCCUGUUUAAACACAAUAGAACAGGUAGGAUGACUUUCAGUUAAGGGCAAGUAAGGGUGCAAGGUACCAUCACUUUGUGUUGCUAAUGGUAACUGAUUGAAAGCUUUUAGUAACUAUCCGGUCGAUCCCAUGGGUGUACCAUUCGUAGUUCUUCCAUCACCACUUUGUCCCCAAGUCUUGACAAUAUUGAUUAUCAUUUUUAACACAAUUUCUUAAUUUAUUUUUAAGCACCGUCCAUCUCUUUCGAGAACGUAAUCUUUAUUUCUUGACCCUAUAUAUAGAUCUAUAGAUCAAAUUUAUAUCGUUGCAUAAUACAUUGUGGGGGCAAAACUACAGGAAACAAUUUCUUACACGAAUACCGUUGGUUCUACUCUGUGUCUACACUACAGUUUUAGUAAAAUGACUGAGAAAUGGCAGGUACCAACUUAACUGACGUCCGUCUGUAGAAAUGUCCGGUGUUUUAGAAUUUAGAUAAGAGUCUGCACAGCGAAAAUUCCGUUAUUAUGCUUAUGAUUUGCUUUUUUUUUGCGGCAUGUGUUAAAAAAAGUUAAGAGUGUAAGAAUGGGAAAAAAUCAUAUUGAGCACGCUGUCACUAUGCAAGACCUGCCCAAUUUGUAAAAGUGCUAUUAAAAGAAAAAAAAAACGUUGGUGACCUAAAGGUAUAGACACCUUUCAGAGCAAACAAUGAACACAUACAUCAAAUACAGCGAGUCAAAACAGUUACGUAACCUUGUUUAACUCUAAUAAACUCCGACAAACUGCACGAACAUUUUUGUUUGUUUGUUUUCUCAUUCGAUGUAUAACGACUGUGUUCGUGGCAAUUUAUGUGGCGCCUCUUAAGCUGUACUUUGUUAAAAAAGGUUUCAACAUAACGCACCCAGUCUGGACGACAAUCUGACAGUAGUCCUUCGCUUUUUUUGUCAAAAUCACACGUCUCCUACCUAAGUUUAUUUUUAAAUUGUGCUUAAAAUUGUUAGUUAACAUGUACAAGGUCGCCGUUUACGUUGGGCAAAGCCCACUCCAUAGGCAACUAAACUGAGUCGAGAUAAGCGGGAAAACAUGCAUGAAAGAGGUUAUGUUGCGCCAAGCAGCAGUGAUGUUUAGUCCGUUCCUUUAAUCCCUCUAGUCUUUGAAUUAUGAUAUCAGAUUUACAAUAAAGAAAACAGUGAUUUGUCCAAGGGAAAUAGUUUUAGAUGUGCUAAAUUGAACAAGAGCGAAAAGAAUGACAUUUUUCAACCUUUCGCCGUGCUUGAACAAGUUUCUCUCUGUACAGGAGGCCACUAAAAAAGACGGCAGCUAAUAUAAAGUCGGUUCCAAAAUUUCCGGCUCAGACUGUUUAUACCCGGUCGUCUCGCUUAUAGCGUGACACUUUUUAAAAGCUAUCCUGCGGUACAACCGCCUCUCUGAUUCUCAUCAACCUCCUAGCAAACAAGUUACUCAAUCCUGGUCUUUAUCAUGUAGCAGCUCUCCUAACCCUUAAAGCCAACUGGCUCGAUACCCUAACCGUGAAACAAUAGGAAAUAAUUAUAAACAAUGAUGUGUUAUUGUUUUCUGCGACCAAUGAGGAAACAUCUUAUGAGCAGCUCCUACAUAAUUUACUGGUUCUUUACGUAGACUAAGUUGCUGUAAAGGCGUAGUUUUUCAAAAUGAAAUUGUCUGUACAUAUUAAUGUAUAUCGUUGUUCUUCGCAGUGUAGCAGUCCAUGCAAAUUAGAACUUUCUUUAAUAUUCUAGUGGAUUAUCUCUCGUGAUGAAUCGCAGCGGGGAAAAAUUCGCCCUCGCCAAAAGCCAAGCUACCUUUAAGACUUCAACUUUGAAGUGUAAUUUUAAAAGGCGUUUGAACUGCAAAUCGCCAUAAGUAUAAUCGGCCUUCGUUGUUAAAACAAGUUGCACGCAAUGCAUUACGUAAAAAUGUUUCACGUGACACAAGUCCUAAGAGGUUGCUAAAGCACGUGUAAAACACUGCUUUUAUUCCAAAGCGCACUGAGUUACUGUCAAAAUUUACCAAACUAGAGAACAUUAUAAUUUCGUAAAAAUGGCUAAAAACAAAGGGUGUCAAGUCUACAGAACAAACACUUGAAUUCCACUUUGAUUCUCUAAGUCCCAAUAUCCACAUGCAUUGAGAGAGUAAUUUGAAGUGUCCUAGUGUACUGAAACCCUCACCGUCUUAUAUGAGACAGUAUUUAUAGGAGGUAGCAUCAUAUAACAAUCCCAUUUUGGCAUAAACAAUGUCCAAGUCUGAGCUUAAUAGGCUCAAGAUAUUGACCAAGACCCUCUCUGCAUUGAUAGUAACCAAGCUGUCUUUAAAAAGGUGCGGAAAAAUACAGAAUCAAAUUUCUAAAGAAUCUUGAAUGAAAAGACUUUGGGAAUAUAGUAAAGAGCUCUUCUAAGAAACAAUUUGGGCGUUUCUUUGCUCCAUAAGCUCCAUCUUCUAAAUUUUAUCUGAAUUCAUUUAUUCAUUAAUUUAUUUGUUUAUCUAUUUUUUAUUUAUCUGUUUUCCUUUGCUUUUUAACUAUUUAUUAAUUUAUUUACUUAGUUUAACCUAUUUUUCUAUGCUAGCAUGUCUAGGUCCUAAUGUGACAUUUUUACUUGUGGCCAAGAAUUACAAAUUUUAACCCACAUGCAUAAUUAAUCCUUUAAGUCUCAAAAGUGACGAGUAUCAAUUUUCUCCUAUCAAUACACAAUCAAGAGAAAAGGUUGUGAGAAUUUAUGAAAUGAUCACCUAAGAGAAAAUGCUUUGAUCUUCUUUCAAAUUCUCUCACCUUAUUCUUUAUGGAAAUGUAUAAAGACCAGUUUGGAGAAUUUGUAUGUGGAUAUUGGGGCUUAAAGGGCUUAACACAUGGCACUUAAUACUCUAAUGGCACUGUAUGAUAACAGAGGACAUCCAAGUCUGAUGUAAUUUAUCUUUCAAUUUUUCCCUUUCUUUCAAAGAUGUUAAAAUCAUUACGCUUAUGAAUCUCUACUUUUGCUUACAUACCAGGUCCAUUGUUGCUCUCAGAAACAUGACCUACUUGAAGCAAAAACUAUGGGAUACAACUUUGUAAAUAAAUUAUACAAGAAAUAGCAUGAUCUAGGUUUGCUAGAAAGCCAAUUUUUAGGCAACUCAGGCACAAAAGAGUAAAUUUAUCCACAAUAAUAAUAACGGAUUUUAUUGCAAAAAAUUGCAGGACAUUUGUUGGACUUGCUGCGACUUUUUCCAUUGAUACAUAAAUUAAUGCAUGAUUAUACAUUAUGAGAAGUUUAUUUUUUUUAUCCGAACUCUCACUUAAGACAAAAUUUUCUUAUUAUUCAAACAACUGAGUGGUCAGCACAUCAGACUCACAAUCCGGCGGUUCCAGGUUCAAGUUACCCUCUGGCAACUUGCUGGAUUUGCUCUUGGUCGUCCCGAGUUCAAAUCCUCGGCCACCCUUGUAAAAAGCCAACUGGUUGCCUCCCCCCAUUUGGGGUUUUUAAUCCUGUUAUGUUGUAUUUGAAUUGUUUGUUUCUAAGUAUUCGAGCGGAGUGCAUGUAAACUAGCUGGAUAAGAUAAGUGCACUUUCCACUAUAAACAAGCCUUUAAACCUUUAAACCAUCACACAUGUAAAAGCACACUGCUAACAUCGAGUUUAAAAGACCCAUUAUUUGCCUUUAACUCUACUGAUCUCUUACAUUUCUGGUAGUUUUACCAGGUUUUAUCAUUGUAUCCUAUCACCCCAUGUAAGGGAAUCCAAGAUUGUCUAGGACUGCGGAUUUCAAGCCAUGGAUUCCGGAUUCCAGGCCUGCAAUUCCAGUCCCUUGAUGGUGGAACUUGGAUUCCAGAUUCCAAUCGUUAGUCAGAUUGUGGAUUCCUUGAGCUGUAUUCCGGAUUCCAAAACCCAUGGUUCUGGAUUCCACAAGCAAAAUUUUCCUGGAUUCCGCAUUCCAAAAGCAAAAUUUCUCGGAAUCCGGAAUCCGUAUUCCCUUAGCCUUACAUGGAGCUGAUCCUACAUUACAUUGGUGUUUGUACUGUAUAUUAAAUUUUGGCAAAAGAUUGGCUUCUUUCAAACUUUGUUGGUAGGCCUUUACUGUCAUCAAAAGCCUGAAUUCUGGUUCGAGUUAACUACUGCGAAUCAUUUUAAUAGUCAAAGAGACAAAAUUAAUGCUUUGAAAGAGUACAAAUUUUCUUCGACCCUACUAACCCUCUGCUUUGUUUAUUUGAUUUUCCCAAAAAUUUCCUGCCCAGGCGUCUAAAUCCACAUCCUCUUUCAAAACUCAUUUUGCCUGUUUUUUUUUUUUUUUUUUUUGUCCUUCGUUCGGGGGCGAAAAGAGUAUAGUAGUGGGAAGAUACAAGUCAAGUAAACAGCAUCUUCGAUGGCCGCCAUUUUAACAAAAUAUCGCCCAGGCGUUGCAAACCGAGAAGAGACUAAGUACUAAAUCAGUUCUUAGCCAAUAGGAGGCCAGCAAAGAUUCGAGCGCGGAAAAGGACACAUCAGGGAGCUUUUAAAUAUAUAAAUUUCUUGGAGACUGAACUCAAGUUUAGAGGGAGAAAGAAAAAAUCGUUGUGGCGUGCUUGCGCCUUCCAUUAAAUCGUGAAGGAAUUUCACGUUGUAAUCGUGCAGUGAACACAAAGAAAUGUACAAAAACGUGUGCUGCACGUGCAGAGUCGUGUUGUUUUGAUUUGUGGGCCGCACAGUUAAAUAGUCGGCCCGAGGAAUAGACUGAGGGACUGUUUACAUGAUGGUGGGGGACCCCACAUAGGUGAGGUAACCCACGGCGGGUCAUCCCACCGAUCAUGUAAACGUGAUCAAAUUAAAACAAGUGAUUAUAUGGACAGGCGGGUUACCCCACCUAAGCGGUUUACCUUACCAACCUGGGGUCCCCCACCCCAUAACAAGGCAGCAUUCUAAUGCUUCCGAAUAAAAUCAAGAUCUUUAUCCUUUCUUGCUAAAAAAAAUAAGUCAUUUUUAUGGGCUGCAGGGGGUUCCAAAAGGGAGUGGUCGUUUCCCCACUCGGAAGGCUGUGUCUCAAAUCGGAGUUUUGUUAGAGACGCUACGUCACGAAAUUUGGCCAAAUUCAGAAAAUUCAGACAGUGGAAACAAUAUAACUCCCCUAAUUCAACAAAAAAUAGAAACAACCGCUGAAAACGGUUUAAACACUGUGACAAUAAUAAAAAACACUAACACAAACCAACAAAAACGAAAAAAAUUCAUUGCCGUUAAGGAAUACGUUUAAGCCGGCAUAAUCCCGGCUUAACAAAGUUCAUCUCUAAUGUUUACCUGGGAUACUUUGUUUGUUACAAAGCUGUUUUUUCCUUUCUCUCUUUUUUUUUCUUUUUUUGAUAAGUAACUUCUUUCUCAGUGGACAACCCAUCUUAUUGUCCGAAGGCCUCUUGUCAAGUAUUUCAAUAAAGUGCUCGUGACUAGGAUACGAAGAUAUGGUCAUUCAACAUAUCAACUUUGGUUUUUGGACAUUUAUCCGAUUUUCAUCAAAGGAAAUCUUUUUAAAAUCAGGAUAUCUUUCGGAAUUAGUGAUAUAAAGCUGCUGACUGAGACAAAACAUUUGGUGGCCGCAAACACUAUCGUAGUGUGGAGUCUUUUAGGAAAAGAUUUUACAGAUUUUAUAAUCAUUGUCGCCCCUUUUUUAUCCCUCUUCUAAUCCAGCUACAUCAAGUACGUUUCCUGUUAUUUUAACCAUUACAGCGAACAAUAUAAGUUUUGAUUUAAUACCCCUUUUGGUGGUUCUUUUUGUCGCGUGGCUUCAUGAUAAAUCAGAAUCAUGUGAAAAGGAGCUUACAUUUAAGGAAUAGUAUAGCUGGUCGUCUACAAGUCAGCAAUAUCGGGACAGUAGUACAUUUCGUAAAUACAGUAAGUAAUUGGUAUUUGUUAAGCUAACGAAAGACAAGGCGGUUAUAACCCAAUGUUUAUUAGUCAGUUUACAAUGCUGCUAAGCCAAUUAGGUUAUUCCCACGGUGAAGCGUCUAAGUGUUAUUAUAUCGCCGGUUACCAUCAGGGUUGCACAAACAUUUAUCUGUGAAAUUGUGAGUUUUCAGACUGUUUUUGAAGCCGUAAAAACACCCUAGUAAUGGUAAAGUGUUUUUUUUAGAUUUAAAAGAUUAAUAAGCUUCCAAUUUUAAGGACUUUAAGGUUAAGUUAUUUAGCAUCCUAAAUUAACCGCCAUUUUGAUUUUUUCAUUUCUACGAAAUAGAACUGGCGUAGAUUUAGAGUUAUUCAAGAUCAAUUGAAAUCGUUACGCACAGUUUUUUGCGAAUUUUUUUCGUCAUCGUACUUAUAUUUAAUUAAUAAGCGUCUGUUGAUGUUAACCCGAAGUAGCUCAUUCCUUUAAACAUUCGGUCGUUCGAUUCAGAACCGGGGAGCAUAUUUUCUUUAGGCACCUCAAGAAAGAUUGCCUAUUAUAGAAUUGGUGCUGAAACUCGGGACACGGCGCUGUUUUUAUUUAUUUAUUGAUUUUUUUCUCGGUUCUCUAGUCUCGCAGUCUCAAUUAAAAAAUACCAACGUACGAUGAAAUAUUCAGUGAGAAAUAUAAGGGUCAAUUAAUUUGACUCUGUCAAUAGGGCUAAUCAUAAAGAGGAGUUGUAUUUCUCGUUCAAUCUUUUUAAAACUUUCAUAAGUAAUUGUGGUUCACUUACUGCGAGACGUCGUGAUCAGCCCGUCGCUACAACGAAUAAUUACCAACCAGGGGAGUUUGAUAACGUAUAAAGACUGUCAUGGAUUCUCUUGCAUAAGGCGAAAUCAACAAUCUUAUCAUGCUUACCUCAUCUGUUUCUUUUUUCUUCAGCAGAAAAAGUGCUACUUCAGAAUGUGGGUUUUGUUUGCCUCAGUGUGGGUAUUGAGCAUCACAGCUGUAGUAGGUAUAGUAAGCCUUGAAUUUCUGCAAAUAAAGGAUAAGUGUAUAUAAAAAUAGUUAUUAUAGGUGGAUGAAUUAAGUUCUCAGCAAGCUAGCGGGGCACUUGUCUGGGUGCCGUGAUCGGAUUUUCGGCCUGUGCAAGGGAAUCCAAGACAGCCUUAAAUCCUGGAUUCCACUCCGUGGAUUCUGGAGGCCAGGUACUGGAUUCCAGUCUUUGUCAGUGGAACUUGGAUUCUGGAUUCCAAUCCUUAGUGGAUUCCGGGAUCCUUGAGCUGUUUUCCAGAUUCCAAAGCCAAGGAUUCCGGAUUCUAAGAGUAAAAUUUUCCCGGAUUCCGGAUUCCAAAAGCAAAAAUUUCCCGGAUUCUGGAUUACAUGAGGCGAAAAUUGUUUUGCGAGAUUUUGGUUAUAGAUAUCGUUAUCGUUAUAGUUAUCAUAGUGAUGGGCUCCUGCAUUAACGUUGUCGCUUUAAUCUUAAUUUUUUAUUACUUUUUCAGUUGAAACGAGCUUCACCACAAGACCUUCUAACCAAACAGUCAUCGAGAACACUACUGUAACAUUCCAGUGUAAUGCCACAGGAAACCCACCUCCAAAGAUAACAUGGACCAAGGAAGAGAAGAUACUAGGAGAGGGAAACACGCUGAUAUUUGUGGCUUAUAGAAAUCAGUCUGGAGAAUACAAGUGCACAGCAGACAGUGGUAGAAAUUCAACUAUCAAUGCGAGUGCGUCUCUCGAUGUUCAGUGUAAGUUGCGCAACAUUUAUUAGGUGUUAUUACCAGGACACGAUUAGUAAAACAAAUUAUUUUCGCGGGAAAGCCUGUUCUAAAAAUUCUUCUUUGCGGAGAUGGAGGAGGGGAGGGGGUGCAGGGGCUUACCGCUGGACAGGGUAUGGUUUUUGUCCUCUCUGUCCUAAACAGGGUGUAUGAUUUCGUGCGAGUCUGUCCUAAACAGGUGUAUAAUUUCCUGCGUGUAUAUAAUCAGGUGUAUCAUUUCGUGGGAGUCCGUCUUAAUUGCAAACAGGGUAUUGUCUGCUGCAGGAUUGAUUUGAUUUGCUUGAUGAAGUUUGUUUGUACUCCAGUGUACAAAAGCAUUGACUAUUACGUGUAUUUGCUCUAUUGCAAUUGAAAAUAAAUGGCUUUAAAACAAGACUGCGUGCAUUUUGCUGUUUGUCCAAAACAAGGUAAUAAAAUUGAGGGUGUUGUCCUAAACAGGGUAUGUAUUUGAAUUUUUUUGUCCCACAGUGUGUCAGGGUUUCAAACCCUCAGCGGCUCACGUCGAUUACCCCACCCCCUUCCCUCGGGCUUUCACUGCACUGUUUAACUUUGACUUUUUUUAAAUUGUGCCUUACUUAUUUAUUAAUAUCUAGAACCUAUUGAUUUAUUUGCUCUUGUAGAUCCACCAAGUUUCACCUCAGAACCAACGGAUCAGACAGUCAUUGAAGGCGAGACAGUAAAGUUUCGUUGCGAUGCGGCUGGCAACCCUCCUCCAGAAAUAGUGUGGAUUAAAGAUGGGCGGACUGUUGAUCAAGGGCAGGAGUUGAACUUGCAAGCCACGCGAGAACUUUCGGGAAAGUACUGGUGUUCUGUGCAAAAUGGUUUGGGCAUCAGUGUCAAUACUAGUGCUGAACUUGAUGUCCAAUGUAAGUAGAAUUGUAUGGGCCACUAAAUGCAUGUAGCCCGUUUGUCCCCAGCGAAGAGGGAUCAGCGGUGGCCGUAUUCGUGGAGUAACCAGAGCACCCUUUUUUUUGACACAUUCAUGGAUACGCGAACAUAGUUCGAUAAUACGGGGAAUAAUACGGGGAAUAAUACGGGGAAAGGGGAUAAGCCUAAUUUCCUGGCACAACUUGACUGACAUUCAGGAGGAACUCGAACGAGUGCAAGUCGUGAAAUAUACAAGGCCGAAGGAAAAAUAUGAAACGGAAGCAAAGUCAAACUUUCCAGUCAUUUCGAUGGAUGUUGGACAGAUGACGUCACUUUUGACCUCAAAUGGUGUUAACGAAAAUAUAAUUCGUUGUAUCUCACCAAUGUUAAACGAUCUCUUUAUAUCCAAGCAUACUAGAAAACGAGAAUGUUGACCUCUAUCAUUUUUCUAAUGAAUCUAUUUGUUCCAGUUCCGCCGACCAUAAUAUCAGCACCUAAAGACAAGACCAUCAUCGAAGGUGCCUCAGUAACAUUCCACUGUAAUGCCACAGGAAACCCACCCGCCAGGAUAACUUGGAUCAAGGAUGGCAAGACUGUGUCCUCGGGAAAUGUGCUGACUUUUAAAACCUCUAGAAAUCAGUCUGGGGAAUACUGGUGCACUGCUGAAAAUGGCUUAAAUUCAACAGUUAAUGCAAGUACCAGUCUCGACGUACAAUGUAAGUAUUAACUUUAAUGCUCUAGUAUAAAGCGCAUUGAGCCAGGGAGCCUGCCUAGCAUGCGCUUCGAGAGAAAAACGGGUCGCACGAAGGAGACACGCAAGGCGACACGCGUGUCUCCCUCACGCGCCCGUUUCCUCUUACGCACAUGACUUAGGUCUCCUUCCGAGCGCCUAAUACGAAGGCUAUGGGACAGGCAAAAGUUUUAAAUAGGGAUGGUUGAUACCACUUUCAUUGAAUUCUUAUUUUGUUUGUUUAUAGUUCCACCAAAGAUAAUCACACGGCCGUCCAAUCAGACAGUCCUUGAAAAUGAGGAGGUGAAAUUGCACUGUGCUGCCAUUGGUAAUCCAAUUCCAAAGAUAUUAUGGAUGAAAGAUGGAAUAACUAUCGGCACUGGAGAAAACCUGAUGUUGAAAGCAUGGCGGAAUGCCUCUGGAACGUACAUGUGCAAGGCCAAAAAUCUUCUGAAUGCAACUGCAAUUUCUAACGCUCAUGUCGAUGUACAAUGUAAGUAUAAAUAACGUGUAGUGAUUAGGCUGCAUCACGUGAACUCUCUGAUUAAAACACAGGCCCAGUUUGAGCGAGCCCCAAAAUGACUUAGGACAAACAUGGCCAAUGGCUCCUUCUCGAUCGAAAUUUCGCGGUUAUUUGUGUUCGUUAUGAUACAUAAAAAAUGCCUAAAUAGAAGAUAACCGUUUGGAGUCAGUGUUUAACCCUUAUCACCAUAGUCAGUACUUAACCCUAAUCACUAUUUUCAGUGCUUAUCCCUAAUCAGUAUUAUUGCCAGUGAUCGAAACCGAAGCGAUAAGGAUACUAGGUUGUGUACACUUCAUAAAGUGUCCAAGGGGGUUUAGGCCUCUGGGAUCUAAUCCUAAGCUGGUUACCAGUCCAGACGCUCUACCACUAAGCUACCGGAGACCCGUUUGAGCUAAGGCCACUAGUUUACUUUAUAAAUGUUCACAGACCCACCAAGUUUGACAACUCGACCAACUGACCAGACUGCGAUGGAAUUUUCACAAGUAAAGUUCAUUUGCAACGCUACUGGUAAUCCGACUCCAAACAUCACAUGGACCAAGGAUGGCAAGAUUGUAGAGAGUGGAGCCAUAAUAAGCUUUUUGACGAAUAGAAAUGAUUCUGGACAAUACUGGUGUACAGCAGACAAUGGACUGGAUUUAACUGUUAAUGCAAGUGCAAACCUUGAAGUUCAAUGUAAGUGAAAAAUUCUAACACGAGUUCAGCAGGUGGAAUAGACUUAUAAACCUUAUGAUCCUAAGAAGUACAGUCAUAACAGUUUUAAACACACCCUUUCCACUGUCUUGCAAUAUAGGACUUCAAGUCUAAGACUUUUUCACCUAUACUGUCUUGUAAAGAAAUGAAGAUUCCUCUAACAGGGGUAUGGGAAUACUGCCUAACAAUCAUCCUAUACUUCUCAAGAAAUGCUGCGCAUCUGGGAUCAUUCGCCUGAAAAGCUAAUGUCAAACAUCACUACUAAGGUUUGGCGUUUUUGACUUGGCUGGACGUCGCACUUCAGUCGUUUCGUCCGACGUUAAUAUUUCUGAAUGUGUCUUCAAAUGACCUGCAGUCAAAAAAGUCGCUAGACCUUAAAGUCGAACCAAAAGUAAUACGUACACGUAAACGUUGACUAAAACGUCUUUAAGAAGCUCUUUAGAAAACGGUGGUUACUAAGGGAAAAAGUAGUAGGUUUAAUAUCUAGCUAUUUUUUUUUUAUUUUACAGUUUUACCGAGCUUUAUCAUCGAACCAAAUGACCAAACAGUUAUUGAAAUGGGAAUUGCGACGUUCAAGUGUUCUGCCACGGGAAAUCCAGUCCCACAGGUAACAUGGAUUAAGGAUGGGAUAACUGUGGCUUCAGGAGAUACCCUGAGCUUUGUGGCUUACAGGAAUAAGAGUGGAGAAUACUGGUGUUCGGCUGAUAACGGAUUGGGCCAGGCAGAAAAUUCAAGUGCUCAUCUCUUUGUGCACCGUAAGUACACUGUUUCGUUAAAAUUUCAUACAAUGAGAGAGAGAUAGAGAGGGAUGGGGCCCAAUUCGCAAUGACGUAUUUCAGUGGGGCCCUCUAUAUAUUACAAGGGCGGAAAAUCACAGUAGGUUAAGUAAGAUAAGGAAUUUUAAGUGUCUUGAUGGCUUCGUAUGACGCGAUAUUAAGGCGUCAUAACUUAACUUUGCUGCUAUCUUAGAUUUUUGAUGGAGUCCAUUUUCGCUAGAAAAGUUCCAAGAAGACGAAGAAGAGGCUGGAAAGAAAUUCCAUCGUUCUAUGGCUGCUGCUAUUCAAACUUAAUAGAUCGAUAUUCAAGCUGUUUUCCUUUCUUCUCCGUUUUAGUCAAACCAGAGAAGACCCGCCUGAAAAUCAACACAGAUAUCACCAAACCUGUACAAUUUGGCAGCUUUGUUACAUUCAACUGUACCACGCAUGCGCGUCCGGAUCCUGACGGAUAUAAAUUCUACAGGGGCCAAGAACUUCUCAGCAGCAGCGGUAGUGGUGUGUUCGAUCUCUGGCUUCAACAUAGUGGUUUAUACUCCUGUCUUCCAUUUAACAGCGCUGGGGAUGGAGAUCAAGCAUCGUUGAAAAUUAUAGUCGAUGGUAGGUUACGAUUAGUGGCGAAGAGUUUUAACAGGUCUAUUGUGGUUUUUCGCCCCGUGUUGGGAAAUCUGGAUUCCGGUUUUUUGUAAAAUCCGGAAGCUAGGCAAUUUUUGCUGGUGGAAUCUGAAACCCUGGGCUUUGGAACCUGGAAUUUAGCUUAUUGAAUCCAGAAUCCAGUACCUGGAAUCCAGAAUCCACAGAGUGAAAUCCAGAAUUCAAGAUUGUCUAGGAUUUCCUUACAUGUGGUACAUGGGGUAAGGUUAGGUUCCUGGUUCUGUACAAAACCAGGAUCAAUUGAGGUUUCUACGAGUGGGUAACUGAUCUACCCCUACCUUAAGUCACAAUUUUACCUUAAGUGAGAAGUAAGCUUUAAUGUUGACUUAGGGGAGGGGUAGGUGGACAGUUACCCAGACACCUCAAUUGAUCCAAAAACCAAAUCAGAUGUUAAACAAGAUGGAAACAGCGACCCACGUAAUAUAAGAGACACAAUCCAGAGACAGGCUAAGACACAUCCUAUCAAUGGAGGCUACCUCUCCACCGUGAGCAUCCAUAUUCUAAGCAUAAUGUGAGGUUGUUUGCUAAACAUACUGUUUUGAAUUAUUCACGCAUCAGCUUUAUACUUGUUUGUUUGUAAUACAUCACAGAUUACAGAUGUGAUCUGACAUCACAAACCACACAUGUGUCAGGCACAGUGCAGUAUGUAGCUGACCUGAUGAUGUACUCUAAGCCAAAUGCCUGACUCCCAGAGGUACAUCGCAUUACCAUAUCCCCCUCUCCUCUAUCCACCCCCCUGUAAAAAGCACCUCCAAUUUUGAGAGCGAGGAAUAUCAGUGGUUAGAGUACUUGCCUCCUGCACCAAUGUGGCCCAGGUUCAAAUCCCUUCGUCGGGCGUCAUAUGAGGGCUGAGUUUGUUGUUGGUUCUCUCCUUCCCCUUUCUUUGGGUCACUAAUAAUUCCAAAUUCAAAUUCGACCAGGAAUGGUAGACGAAGAAUUACUAUGCAGAUAUGCUACCUCUCUAGAACCUCUAAAUUGUUAUUUACCUCUUAUACCAAGAUGCAUUUAGAAUUGUAACGAAUUCAUUGCUCAAUUAAGUCAUAUUUUCAUUACAGUUUGGAAGCCUUCAUUUGAUCUACCGUUUGGUCCAUUUUACCUGUUCAAGGGCACCCAGGCUCGGCUUCCCUGCAAGCCUAUUGCAGAACCAUAUCCAACUUUUAGAUGGUUCAAAGAUGGUGUACCCAUUGGAAAUGGACAAAAUGACAGCUACACUUUAGAUGCAGACGGUUCUUUGCUAAUAAGCGACGUUAAAGAUGGAAAUUCAGGCAGAUAUACUUGCAUGGCUGAAAACUACCUGGGGACAGCAAAUGCGACGGCUAAUACAAUUGUGCUUGGUAAGAGGAAAGAGGGAGUUUGCUGCUUCUAAUUACAAUGUUGAUAUUAAAUUGAAAUUAAAUGGUGAGAACCGAGGCCAAUUUUAACAGGUAUUUGACAAAAUUAAACCGCGCUCUAGGCCUUUUUUUUGUCAAACCUCCACAGUAAACGAUUUCGCUCCAAGUAAGGAAAUCCGGGAGGGAUUCUGGAUUCCUUGAGCUGUGUUCCAGAUAUUCAAAGCCCACAAGAAAAAAAUUCCCUGGUUCGGCAAUACGAAGUCCUUAAAUGGGGCGAAACAGCAUCUUUUUCUUAUCCUAUCCAAACUGCAAAGUACAUGUAGCUGUUGGGCUCGAAGAAAGAUUAGAGUUCUAUAAAAAUGAAAGCGUUAGUAAUGAUGCAUAUUUAGUAUAGUCGAACUUGGCCGGUCACUGGAUUUGAUAUAAUUACUCAUCUACAGCCCUUUAGUAACGGGGUAUCUUAUUGUUUUUCUAUAAUAGAGAGGACGCAGAUUGUUGUCAAGCCAAAAAAUCAUUCAGUCUCUGAGGGCGCUAGCGUGGAUCUACAUUGCAAAGCCACUGCAGAUCCUUCGCAAGAGUUGAUCUACGUUUGGAAGCGGGACGGUGCGGAUAUAAUUGGUAACCUCAACAUCGUUUGGUUGGAAGAGGAAAAUGUUUUGAGAAUAAAACACAUCACUUUUAAAGAGACUGGUGUGUACACUUGUCUUGUGUACACGCCUAAACCAAGAGGAUCUGAAGAUAGUGCCUCGGCGAUUGUUUCUAUUACAGGUGAAGUAUACUGCGAACCUCUAUUUCGAGAAAGGUUGUCGGGAAAAGUGCAAGCGACAAUCCGAAAGGUAUUGUGGGUGGUUUUGAGUUCACUGUUUUUCAGAGAAAUUUGAAUGAAUGAGCAAGAGGCCAUGGCCACGUGUUUGCGAAAGGAAAGCAAGCAAAGUAGGUUCGACAGCCACAGUGUCAGAUACAGUGUAUUGAUCAUAUCCCAUAUUACCUUUCGGGAUUGUGGCGUGCAAAUUUUUUCCGACAACCUUUCUCGAAAUACCUCAAUACUAAACCUUUACAAUGACGAUGCGUGGAAGCGAUUCUCUUCUAUUAAGAGGCAUUGUAUAUUGGUUUUUGCUGAAAGUUGGGAUAGCCUGUAGCGUUUUUGUAAUUAAUAUAUUUUUUUUAUCAAUGUUGUCUCUAUUUUUUCAAGAAGAACAGAAUACACUGUCCCUUUAGAGAAACCGAGAUUCAUUUAAGAGAAAGUUUGGCAUUAAUUUCUACAUGAAUACGCGACCUCUUGAAACACUCGAUAUUCUGUAAAAUAAAAGCUAUCGCAUAGGGACCAGUCGAAUAUUUUGUACUGUACUGCAUUUAUGAACUACUACGUAAAAAACCGGGGUCAUAGACAGAAAAGACAUUUCUCACACACAACUGGGAGCCAUGCCAAGCCGACCAUGCAGCCUUUAUAUCAGCACCACAAACGAGGGUUAUCCAGUACUCCAAAAAAUUUCUGCAUGCAUUGCAUUGUAUUGUCUUCACUUUACAAUACUGUACAAAAGCAUAACAAUAAAGAACGAAGCAAAAAAAUGAAAAAUUUAACAAAGCCAUGCAUAAAUUUGUCGGAGUAGACUAUCGGACAAGGAUGCACAAAUCACUAGUAUUACAGCACAAAAAGAGCCAGUGACCGGCUGACAAGAAAGUGAGACUGGAUACAAGGACAACAACAAGUGCGCAACUGCUUUAAAUUCUAAAACAACGCAAAGAAACAAGUGAAGGAAGGGUGGGAGAGGUAGAUCAGGAAAUAACUCAUCUCUGAAACACCAUGUGACCUGACGAACCCUUGUACACAGGAACCCAUACUCCCAGCCGUGUGUGAGAAAAACGUUUUCCGCUUCUUUCGUGCGGAAAACCACACUUUUCAGCGUAACACUUUUUCUUUACCCUAUCAGGUGUUCCAUUGCCUCCAACUGGUAUUGAGUUAACAGAAUGUUAUAACAGACGCACAAACCUCUCAUGGACCCCUGUUAUUUCUAAUAGCGCCAAAAUAACCACUCAUUACCUGAUCGAGCAGGAAACGAACCAUGAACCAAACGUCUUCAAAAUAGUCUACAACAUCACCAAUCCUGAUAUAACAUCUGUUUCGUUGACGCUUCCUGGAUGGUCUUCUCUUCGCUUCCGUGUGAGAACGGCAAACGACGCUGGACCGAGCCGUCCAAGUGAAAACUUUGUAUACUCCUGAAAGACUUGGUUCAAAUUUGUUUCAAAUCAUUAUCUGUUUAAUCAUACAUUACCACACCCAAAAUUUUUUUGCAAAAUUUGAAUACCUGAUCUUGUGAUUCAAAUAGCGUGAUUAGCCUAAAUAAACUAUUUAGUAGCACUAUUACGAUGGCAAUAAAAACCACGAUGAUGAUACAGAUGGUCAUUCCGAUGGCGAUGGUGAUAACGAUGAUGACGACGACGAUAAUAAUGAUGAUGAUGAUGAUGAUGAUGAUGAUGAUGACGACGAUAACAAUGAUGAUGAUGAUGAUGAUGAUGAUGAUGACGAUAACAAUGAUGAUGAUGAUGAUGAUGAUGAUGAUGAUGAUGAUGAUGAUGAUGAUGUGGAUGAUGAUGAUGAUCAUCAUCAUCAUCAUCAUCACCAUCAUUAUCAUACACCUUGGCACUAUUGAUCAUAAUCAUCACCGAAUUUUUUGAAGAGAAAACCCUGAAGGAAACAGCUGUCCAUGGCUACAAUUCCGCUAUGUUUUGAGUUCUUUCGGUGUCGUGUUGAUGUCUUGCAGAGUUAAUUUUCACGUAGUACGAUCAGCAUUGCAGUAUUCUGCUUGCAGAAUUUAAUAUGUCUACCUGUCAUUUUUGCUGAUCAGGUCUUUAUAGAUCCUACGUUCUUCGGCAUAUUCGUCUGCAGUCCUUUGCAGUCCUUUGUGGUUAAUGUUUGUACUACAUAUAUUGGAAAGAUUUUUUUUCGCCUUUUCUUUGUACUUAUUUUUUUUAUUGAAUUACAGCACCAAGCAAGUAUCCCAGCGACGUGCGUGGAGUUGCUACAAAAGCAAAUGAACUUUCUAUUACGUGGGAUGUAAGUAUCGAAACAUCUAUGAGUACUAGUUAAGACUGCAUCUCAGCUGAUAAUUGUGCAAUAAUAUUAUCUAUUACGUAAGAUGCGCCUGCCGUUAUAAAGAGUUGAUUCCGGGAAGCUGCCCUCCCCUAAGCCAACAUUACACUUACUUCUCCUUAGGGCAAAAUGUUGGCUCUGGGGAUGGGUAGGUGGGCAGUUUCCCAGGUGAUAAUUGUGCAAUAAUGUUAUCUAUUACGUAGGAUGCGCCUGCCGUUAUAAAGAGUCGAUUCUGGGGAACUGCCCACCUACCCCUCCCCUAAGCCAACAUUACACUUACUUCUCGCUCAGGGCAAAAUGUUGGCUCGGGGAGGGAUAGGUGGGCAGUUUCCCAGAAACGUCGUAUAAUGAUCCGAUAUAGAUUUCUCAUUUCCUUGGCGUCUAUGUGAGGUAAUCAAAGGUAGUCUUGGUUUCCGGAUUCCAGGUACUGGAUUCUAGGUUCCUUGUUGUCAGUGGAACCUGAAUUUCGGAUUCCAAUCGUUAGCGGAAUUCCGGAUUCCUUGAGCAACAUUCCUUAUUCCAAAGCUCAAGAUUCCUGAUAUUUCCAGAUUUCAGAAUCCGUUUUACCUUACACUGGGGCGGUUUCUUAUUUUACCCUUCUUUAUUGAGACAUAUUUUAUAUUUCCAGCCUUUACCGAAGACAGAAUGGGAUGCUCCAGGUUUUUACUACAUCGUGAAGUUCCGAAAAGUCAACUUUGGUUACCUCAAUGACUGGAGAAUAGAAAAGAUUGGCGAUCCGAAGGUAAACGACUUCCCAGUUACAAACGCCGGCUAUUACCAGCUCUGGGAAUUUACGAUCCGUGCAGGUAACCACGAAGGACUAGGACCGGAAUGUCCAAUGAAAUUCGCCUUCUCAGGUCAGAAUGCACCGGCAGAAAAACCCGAAAGCACAAAUGUGGAGGAAGUUACAGCAACCACCGCCACCAUAGCCUGGAAACCAGUGACUGUAAUGAGAGGAAGUGUCGAUGGAUACAAGGUAAAAAUGGCUCGUCUAACCUGAAGUUAUUUUGAUCAAGUCACUCAUCAAAACUACCGGUCAAGAGCUUUCAAAUUUUUUAGUCUGCUCUUUUAAGAAUAUUUUCACACAACUUUAUCUAUACCUUAACUGACGGUUGAACGAGGGCUCCAGUAAACCCCAUAAAAUGGCUAUAAAUCGGCUCGCGAACCACACCGGAAGGAAGAAACACAGCUUAAGUGAAGUUAGCUGAUCUUACUUAAAUCUUUUCACAAUCGUAGGUCACAGAAAUAAUCUUUUUUCCCUUUACAUUCCUUAUAUUUCAAAGGUAAAACAUCAGUGUCGAGCUUGGGUCACCUGUGUCCUUACAUAUCAAACGACUGGACGUCACAAUCGGCCUCUAGUCUUUUAAAACGAACCUCUUUAGCUGCCUCGUCCCCAGUCGCUGGCGAUCACUUUUUUGGGCAUACUUGAAUUAAUUAUUCAUCCUUCCCAUCAAGCUCCGCUCGCGCUCUGCGCUCGUUCCCAUCAUCUCCCUCUCACACUUCUCGCUUUCCUCCAGCUCUCGCGCUUCUUGCUUGUCUACUGCAACCUCUUUAGUUAGGAUGAAUCAAGAACAAAUACAAUCAGCCAAUUUCAAAUUUUCCAUAUUUUUUUCAACUCCUUUGUCUUUAGAUUUAUUAUUGGGGCGAAAGCCGCACUGUGAGCUCGAGAAGACGACGGAGGGAAACCAUUCCAAGUGUCGCGGAUGUCAUUACUGUUACUGACGCAAAAACGCAAAAGGCCACUCUGACUGGGCUUAAACCGGUCACUAACUAUCAAGUGAUUAUUACGGCUUUCAACAAUGGUGGCGAGGGACCACUGAGCGAUGUUUUAGUCAUCGAAACUUUGGAGGGUGGUGAGUGGUUUAAUAUUUUUCUUAAAGCCACAGACUAGGCUAUUCUCAUUCUAAAUAAUAACGUAAUAGUUGUCACUUGUUGUCACUAGGAAUGAUUUACUUAUGGCCUGCUAGCGCGGCAGUAGUCGAAAGUGGAGGGGGGGAAGGGGAGUGGGGGGAUUGAUAGCUUUUCUCUUGCCUGCCUGAUCUCAAGUACGUUUGAGGGCGGGGUGGGGGCGGGGCGCUAACAGAGAGGGGGCUUAUUUCAGAGGGAGGCAUAUUAAAUUUAGCGAAGGUAACGGUAUCAAUUCUCCAUAAAAAACUAGAACGUAAAGUAGAAAAGCUCCCGGUCAGCAACAUAAAUCUGGGACUUGGAGGUCAUACAGCCGAUUAAAAACAAAUCACAACUUCCAGCGGGUAAAUAAAUCGUACCGAAUCAGUCCACAUGAAGUUUUACAGUCGUGAUCAAUUAAUAGAUUCUGUUAUGUAAGGGGCUUAAAGAGUGGGGGGUGGGGGUAUUAAUAAAUUUCUACCCCUGAAAGGAGGGGGGGAGGGCCGUUAUUAGAGAGGGGAUUUAUUUAAAAGAAGGGAGUGCUUAACAGAGGAUUUACGGUAAUACCGUAUGGUUAAUUUUGAUAAUUUUAGGUAAACUUAGUCUCUCAACACCCUGAACCAAUGCUAACCUUCUAAUUUUUAGAACCUGGUCCACCAUCGGAUGUGAGAUUACACCCGUUUGGACAAUUCAUUCUAGUCACAUGGAAACCGCCUAAAGAACCCAACGGUAUCAUCACAGCCUAUCAAGUGGGCUAUGCCGAAUACAACAGUUCCUCUCCCAAUAACGUCUCUGUUCCCAUGGAAACGGUGGGACGCGGAACCUUCAAGAAAUUGCUGGGUAAUUUAACAUUUGAGACAAGCUAUGUUGUGGUGCUACAAGCAAGGACAAGUAAAGGAUGGGGUGAAAGUUCCAGAGAGACAACAAGAACAAUUAAAAGAAUGGGUGAGUGAGUGACUAACAAAUGGGUCCCCUAGGCGUCAUCCCUUUAAAACGAUGGUUACUUUCAUGGCUUCACUUUUCGAUCCGCUUAAGAUAAACCAUUUUCAUAUGGUUCCCAGUCGGCUAAACUUUUCUUAUGUACACGUAAUGCCAUAAGAAAUGGCGUGACCUUUUUUAAAAGAUAGUAAUGAUCCAAAUUUGCCUGAAACAAGUGAAAAGUGUAAAAAGCAUUUGGCUAGAUUUCACCCGGCAAAUUAUAGCUCGCAUUGUAUGGCUAUAACAAUGCUUAAACCUUAAGCAGCCCUAUUAGCACAUAAUAUCACUGGUAACAGUAUCGUCUUUGAACCGCAACGGCCACUGAUGUUUUCGCUCUGUUUCUUUUGUUUAAAAGUUUAUUUAACGCUUGCAAGCGGAGUAAGAAUUAAAAAUUUAUGUGAUUUGUUGUGCAUGUUUUCAGCCCCGGCAAAACCAGACAGGCCAACAGUGGUUGAAACAGGAAAACACGUUGUUAGUUUGAAGUACAACUAUGGAAUCGGUGGAGGAUGGACGCAUCAAUUCAAGGUGUUAUACCGGAAACAAGGUAAGAAAUACUACUAUAAUCUUCAUGGGUUUCAUAUCUACACACUGGAGUGUAGAUGCAAUAUUUAAAGAAAAAAAUGGCAGCAGCCAACAGGCAACUGCUAACUGGCAAAAGCACUCAGAAGAAAUCAAGCGAUUCAACACAUUGCGAAAGGAUUCAGACCCGUGUGCUGUCAAAACAUUGUACCGGUGAUGAUUUUCUCUUACAGAUCAGAUAAUAAACGCCAUCAUUUUAGGUAACAAUUCCCCGGCCCAGAAACAGACGUCAUUAACCCUUUCACUGCCAGAGUGUUUGAUGGAGUUUUGUAAGGUGACUCUAACUUUUGAGUCUGCAGACCAAAUCCUAUGAUGUGACCAUUCAAAUGAAAACUCUCUGCCUGUACUUACACAUGGUGCUAUUUGUUUUUCAAAAUUUCACAAAAUGAAAUUUGGAAAUUUGGUCGAAAUUUACUUUCGGCUAAAUUUGGCAGUGAAAGGGUUAAUACGAACACUAGAGGUUCACCCCGCCUCCCGUACAGAAGGUUGUGCUCAUAAAGUCUCUAUUCCAGGGGUGUCAACCUUAAAGGGAAUUCCUUGUUGACGGAAUGUCCAUUUGAGGAUUAUUUCCCCUGAUCCGGUGGAAAAGUUUCACCCUUAGAGGGUGUGCACUUUUGAAGGGCGUCGGCCUUAAGAGAGGAGGAUCUCCAGUUGAAGGGAUGUCCGUUUUAAAGAGGUCACCAACUUGGAAAUGUCGACCAGAAGAAUGUUCUGUUUGCGAUCUACUUACUUUACUUGUUCAAUACACUCAAACCCUGUUAAUACGGAUCCUGAGUGCAGGUAUAGAAAGUGUCCGUAUUAAACGGGUUAAAUUUAGAGAAAAUGUAAGGGCUUUCUUUUCCUAGGGACAAAGCAAGCUGUCCGUAAUAAUAAGGUGUCCGUAUUAGGCGGGUGUUCGUAGAGCGGGGUUUGAAUGUAAUUAACUUAUUUCCUUUCUCGUUCUAACAGUGGAAGGAGGAGAAUUUCUGGAGACCCAGUGGAUGGAUCACUUUAGUACGCAACUGGUUAAAGUCAACAGUCUGGAUACAGACGUUUAUGAAUUCAAAACUGUAGGGAAAAACUUCGUAGGUACAAGUCCAGAGAGUGACGUCAUUGAAGCUAGACCGGAGCCGGAUCCUGUGGGCAGCAGUAAGUAACAAGAUAUAAUAAAUCCGGAAACUCGUCCCCAGAGUCCUCGGAUAUCUUAGUCAGCGGGUGUUUUUUCUGAGAAGAGACUUAGGUGAAGUAUUUUCUCUGUUUUCUCGGUGGAAACCCUGUUUUAAAUUUGGAAUGCUUUUACGGAGAGGAGACUUGAUUUUCUUCCCACUUUCAAAGGUGUUGAUAGUUUCUCGCAGAAAAAGAAAAUUGCCUGGGAGAAGCAUUGAAUACUUCGUUGUGGCUUGUAGAGUGGGAUGUACCUGUUUCGAUCCCGGGGACCAGAAAAAUGCGCUGAAUCUUAAAAGACAACCAGAGGAAAAGGAAGAGUACUUCAUUUUCCUCCAAACGGAUAAUCUUAGCGUUGCUCAGACGAACACCUCGAUAGCAAUCGCGUCAAUUGGUUCUUCGUCCUCAAUAAGUUCAAAAACGUCAUUGGCACUUUAAAGGGAACCUCCACUCUUACUACAGAAUAAGUUUAAAUCGAAUAAAAUUAUGUUGAUAAAUAAAUUCGUUCGAAAUUUGUCCUUGAAAAAAGUGUUUAUAUCAGGAAAAGUGAAUUUUCAAAUCGCUUAUUUUCACUUUCCAAUUUUCGCGGGGCCGCCAUCUUGAAUAAUUGUGACGUGUUACGGUUGCUCUAUUGUUCUGACACAAAGAGCUUUUGUUUAAUAACAAUAGGACAACCGUAACACGUCACAAUUAUUCAAGAUGGCGACGCCCGCAAAAUUUGAAAACAAAAAUAGGCGAAUCUAAAAGUUAUUUCUUUCGGAUACAAACGCUUUCUUUAAAAGUAUUUUAGAUUGACUUGACUGUAACAGUUAUUUCCUGUGAUUUAAAGUUAUCUUUUUGUUGAAGUGGAGGUUCCCUUUAACAAAUAAAGCAGGCUUUUUAUGACUCAAUAAAUCGCAUUAUCGUUUAUUUCAGGUCAACGAGGUAACCCUACGGUUUAUGGAAAAGACUGGUUCAUAAUAGUGAUGAUCUUGUCCGCUUGCACCUUAAUCCUCCUUAUCAUAGUCAUUUUGUACAAGAGUUCGAAGCGAAGACGAAGCUCCAGCCUCCAAGGUAACACUCGUGUUGACUCAUUUGAACCAGAAAUUACUUAGGUUUUCUUCGUAAGUCUACCUACAACAGCGAGCUUAAAGCAAAGAUGUUUUUGAGUGACGUACGUGAAGUAGACUUCUCAGUUGUGUUCUUGUGCAAUGCUUUUGCUCAAUUAUUCUGGCAUAUCGAUCGUCUCCAUAAGAGUAAAGAUAUUUAGCAAGAGAUCCUUGAUAGCGUCAAGGCAUGUUGAAAGGGAAAGGCCCCAAUUUUGAUUGACGGCGUGGCUUAAAAACGCCUUCACUAAAGCUCCCUGAUGUCAUUGUUAUACGGUGUGGCACAUUUUAGCCCCUCUUUUCAUAUGGCCGGCGCAACAUGGCGAAUAUGAUAGCGAAAGUACUGCCUGAACAUUAAAGGUAAAUGUGGCCACCCAAUCAAAACGCUCGAGAUAACUGCCGGUGAAAUAUUUCUGAUAUAUUGUUAUCUGUAAUUUCUAUAAGACGUUUGCAGGUCCCUUGACAUAUUUUUCUGAAUCCUGCGGUUGCUACUGAACUUGUACAUUAGUCAUAUGUAAUAGGUCAACUCAUUAAGUUCUCGACGUGCAAAAGAACGAUUUCCCAAUAGAAUCUCUGAGUGCUUGUAAAAGACAAACGGUAUUGUUCGGAGAAGCUUCAGUUUCAGUGAAUUGUAUGAGUAUUAGGGAGAUGAAGCAAAUUAAAUACAAAGCAUGGUCAAAUGAGAACGCAAAAGCGCGGGAAAGGACUGAAAAAGACUUCCGGUGCUCAAUUUGCCGCUCCAGACCACAUGAGGCUUGUCCCCAGAGCCACUCGGACUCUGGAGACGAGAAUGGUCAACCCGGUAUGUAGAUCUACGCGCUCAGUAGUCAAUGACAUCGCGUUUUCUUUGCUAAAUCUGCCUAUUUAAAGGAGAUGUUACACGGAACGAUUCGCAGCGACCAUUGUUGCGACAUUGUUUCGAAUGGUUGCAAGAGUAGUGUAGAAGCUGCUGGUAAAGUCUCUCCUAAUUGGUCGCAGGAAACAAUAACAUGUCAUUCUUCCCAUUGUUUUAGUAUUGUUUGGGGUCAGGGAAACGCACCAUUGGUGACUUCUCUUCCGAGUAACUGCAAUAUUGUUCUAACAUUGAAACACUGUAUACGAAUCGCGCUAAAAAUAUCACAUCACAUCACAUCAUAUAACGACGUGCCUUUAUCUUAGUUGCAGAAGACGAAAAAGAAAAGGGUGAGGAAAAGAUUGCAACAGAGAUCCCCGAAAAAAGCAUCAAUCCACGACAGGAAUGGCUGAAGAGAAUUCAGGACAGGGUCGAAGUGGAAUCACAAGCGGACAGUCUCGAUGAAUACGGAGGAGAUGGUGCCUACUUUUCAGAAGACGGCUCAUUCAUAGGGGACUGCAAACAAGGCGGUGAAAGACAAUCAGUUUAUGAAGAGAUACCACUGGACGAUCCCGUCGUUUAAGGUUUUUCCCCUUAAGGUUUUUUUAAAAAAAUCUUAUGUGUCUUUUUUUUGCAUUGGAACCUCCACUGUCAUAAAUUGACCUUGAGGGGCAGUAUCACCAACCUCGUUACAACAAGUUUCGCCAUUUGAAAUAGUCCAGUUUCGAAUUAAAAAUUACCGCUGAAUAUAAACACCAACGACACAUUCAUAGAGAGUUAGCCUCGACGUAAAGUAAAAUAUUCAGAAAUUCUGGCAAGAAAGUGUUUGAAAUUUGAACAUACACAAUAGACAGAGUAAUAAACAGGUCUUUUUCUUGUUGAAAUUUGUGAAUAUAUUACUUCGGAUGGAGGCUAAGGCUGUAAAAAAUGCAUCUUCACUUCUUUAAUUCAGCGGUAAUAGCGAACUCGAAAAUGGACUAGUGUUAUGACGUCGCUUAGUUAACGUUUAUUGUCAAAAGGCAGAGCAUUUCUUUCGCGUUCUCGAUUUUGGCGUACUCAAGAAAGACUCUUCCUGAAUUACCUAAUAUCUGUGUUGAGCAUGCGUAGGCUAGGAUAUAUUUUCGAACCCAGGCCUAACACCAUCGCGCUUGCUACAAAGGGCUCGGAUAUGGCCAUCGGUUUGUCAAAAACGAUUGCUCGCACUAGCGAGAGAAAACAAGAUUGACUAGUCCAUAAAUUCGGGCUGCGGCGACCUCAAAGGUCUGACGUGAUUCAGGCAGAGCCUUCUGGCUCUUCUAGCAGGGUGACGUAGCAAUAACAUAAUUAUUUAAGUUUUAAGUCUAGUUUUCAUACCAAAGAUAUUGAUAUAACUAUUUCAUAAAAAGAGCACUAAGUGACAGAUAGUUUUCGAUCGAUCUUAAAGAAAGAGAAAACGACAAGAGAUAAACCAAUUUUCGAAAAUUGAUUCUUGGAAAUCGGUCCCUUUCCAGUUUUAAUUUCAGAUUUUUUGGAAAAUUUUCUCCGAAAUUUGUUUCAUUCGUUAAAUUCUUGGAAUUGUUGUUCUCAUUUAAAGCGCCCUUUAUCCAACCGAAAAAUAAUCAUGAGAGUAUGAGAAUAACCAACACACGGAUGGCAUGAACGUGUCAUACAAAGCGUGGAGAUUUGUUAAGUAAUAUUAGGCAUGAGAGGCAGUGUUUCAUCACCAGAUGAGAGAGUUGAAAAUCCGACGCGAAGCGGAGUAUUUUUGACGAACUUUGAGGUGUUUCAUCUGGUGAUGAAACACUCUGUCGAAUGCUUGAUAUUACGGCUCAAACAAAAUCAUUUUAGAAGGAGAAAUUAAGAAUGCAAAAAUGAACAGUGUUUCAUCUGAUUUCCAAACACUCAUUAAACAUUAAUUUCGUUUGUAUUUUCUUUAUGAAUCAUUAAUGAGUUUGAAUUCGAUGAAAAAUUAACGAACGUUAACGACAAAACUCUCACAGUAGUCAUUGAAAGAUAAUCAGCCCAAAAUAACUAAAAAACCGUCGGCCGGUCAAAAUCAUAAGACGCAAUAAGAAGAUGGUUUUAUAACAACUAGAACUCCAAACGGUUUACUGCCGUAAUGUUAAAGCUGUUUGAAACGUCGCAAACAACUUUCGCCAAUUGGCAAUUCAUUUGGAACUUGGAAUGCCAAUAGAUAUAUUUUAAUUUUACUCUUAUUAGAUAUUUACCUGUCCAACAAAUCCUCUUUGAUCGAGACAUCUUGAAGACAAAUAUUCGCUUGAAGACGCUUGAACUCGCCCUUUGCUUCAAUUUCAAAACGUAACUUCAGUUCACCACAUGGUUUCCCAUUUGGUUGUUUUUUAUGUUCUGCAUUUUUAACACGCUUUUAAACACAAUACCUUCAACCAAUAACAGCACUGAGAAAUGCAGUACUUUGGGGAUUGCUGAUGAAUUGCUAAUAAGCUGAUCAAAAUACUCACAGUACGUGAUUUAUCACGUCUAAAAAUUCUUCGUAUUUCCAAAUCGAAUUUUUAAUCACGUUAAAACAUUUUUGAUUUUGUUUAAAAAUAAAACCUAAAAUUGUUCUUUGUUGCACUGAUUAUUUCAUAAAACAUCUUUGCAAAUAAAUAAACCAUCUAAACAAGACUUGAACGAAUGAACUGCCGUGAGAAUUAAGGCAAAAUAACGAAGACACUUGAUAGAGUUUUGCCGCGUAUUCUUGUGUUUCUUUAGCCCACGUUAUCUGUUCUAUUUCUCCAUACUUAAGCAAAAUAGGCGACUCCUUAAUAUUUUUAAUUUACGUGUACAAACGAUCAGUGCAGAAGCUCCCAAGUAAUAUUUUCAGGGUGAACUUUAUAGUUUUUGAAAGCUUACGUUAAGCUUAAAGAGAAUCAAGAACAUAUUCUACGCUUUUAGACAUUUGUCUUCUUUCGAUUACAGUAUAGCACGAGGUGUCAAUUUAAUUUUUGAUUUUCAAACGUUAACUAUAAACAGUGGUAAGUUUGAAACGUUCCUUUUUUUCCCUUUCACUUUUGAUCUUGAGUGAUUUAAGUUUAGCUGUUUAUAAAAACAGGAAAGGCGGGCCCUGUACUGUUAAAAAGAGUUUCCAUAGGUUAUUUUUCACCUUUGCUGGAAUAAUGUAAUUUUUUUAAGUCAAUAUUCAAAAGGUAUCACUCAGAAUCAUGCAGAACAAUCUUCUUUGCGGAAUGAUCGUCCUUCACUUCUUUCGCUGGGCGAUAAGAAAUUGACGCUGGUCACGCCUUCCGCAAAAAAGGCUUCUGAAAGCUUUCUCUUCUUUUUCUUCUUCUUCUUUUAAAAAAGCAGUAUAUUUAGGUUUUAUCUAAUUGGCUUCUUUUGAUCGAUAAAUGUGUGGAAUCGACGCAUGUGUCAAAACCCGUAUCGACACUCACUCUUCACACGGUUCACAGGGAAGGGAUGGAUGGCGGGAACAAGAAAAAAAAAAGGUUCAUUCGCGUACCAUCCUACCCCUAUUCCCUCGUGUUUCGCUUCGCAAGCUUGUGUCGACAACAAAAAAUGCUGUCUACCUUAAAGUUAAACACAAAAGGGAUCAUUAACACGUUCCUGGGGAAACUGCCCACCUACCCCUCCCCUAAGCCAACAUUAACACUUACUUCUCACUUAGGGCAAAAUGUUGGCUUAAGUGAGGGGUAAGUGGGCAGUUUCCCAGAAACGUUUAAAAAACGUUUGCAGAAAGGCAAAGCUAACCCUGAGUACCAUUGCUCUAAUUGUUGGCAUUCUCUUUCAAUGCAAAACGUUCAUCCAUCGCAUAGACAUUGAGCCUCCGCUAAAGGUGAAGUUAUAAGAGACGAUUCGCAACGACGAUUUUUAGCGCAACACAG